AUGAUGAUGACAGCCAUCGGCAAGAAGCUGGUCACCAUGGUCAAGGAUCUGAUUCCGCAGGACCUGGCAAACACUGCCUGGGCCUUUGCCACUCUGAGCCUUCCUGACAGUGACCUCAUGGACCAGAUCCUGCUGGAGGUCAUCGCGAAGGUGAGCGACUUCUCUACGCAGAACCUGGCAAAUACUGCCUGGGCGUAUGCGAAGUUGGGACUCUGGAACGAGCGGCUUAUGCAGACGCUUUCUCACGCCAUUGUGAGGAAGGUCCAAGACUUCGAUGGGCAGGGCGUGGCCAACGUGGCGUGGGCCUAUGCGGUGCUGGGCUUCCGCAGCAAGAGGCUCUCCGAAGCUUUGCUAGCUGCCGCCCUUGACAAGAUCGAGGCUCAGGAGUUCGGUGCGCAGGAGCUUGCCAACCUGGCUUUCGCCUUCGACGUCACAGGUGACGAAGACAGCCUGCGAUCUUUUCUCGAGGCUGCAGUGCCCCGCUUCCUUUCUGUCGAGGGCUUCUCAGACGCAGCGGCCAGUACCGAGCUUGCGAACAUCGUGGCUCGCCACAGGUUGCAGAGUAGAGGUGCCGAGCAAUUGGAUGCCGAAUUUCGUCAGCGAUUCUUCGGCCCAGUCCUGCGGGCUUUGCAAAAGUGUGCAAUGCCCCUAGAGGAGGCAGAUGAGGAGUCCGACAAGGUUGUUGAGGAGUUGGCAGACGAAGUCACAACAGUGGGACUGACAAACUUUGGCUUCGUGUACGCGCGGCAGGCCAUGCAAGAGCUAGGUUUUCGGAUCUGCGAUGGGAGCCAACGCCCUGAGUGGGUGAUGGAAGCCAGGGCUCUGGCAAGAACCCACCUGGAGGAAUGGCGCAUUCCUGGCACCGAAAACAUCGUAGCCGUCAUCUCGUACGAGCUACAUUACGGCGGUGACGUGCUGCGGCGCGAGCCUACUGUGGUCGCCAGCGGUUGGGCUGAAGGCGUUCACGAUGAAGUCAAGGCCAUGCUGCGGCCAGUGGAUGCACGUGGCUGGUCCUGCGAGUCCUACUCCGAGAGGGUGGCGCUCCUGGAGCUCCUCGAGGCCGCGCGAUGCAAGUUCGGCGAUGAAUCUGUGCCAGAGCUGACAGGCUGGGUGCGGAUGUACCACUCUCAUCACACGAGUGUGACUGGGCUGGGGAUUUUUUGCCAGUUCCGGCGCCAUGUUCCAAAGGUCAGCUUGGACUUGGAUUUUGAUGGAGGCUGGUAUACGUGGGCUGGAAACCCUCGUCCGUUAACGAUGCUCUCUGAUGAGGAGAGCCUCUACUACUACAGCUGA